AUGGCUCUGCGCGGCCGUUCCUGCGACGGUGGAGCUGCUGGUGCCGGUGCUGCUUUGAAUGGCUCAGCUGAGCCAACAAACAAACAAACCGCUUCUUCUGCUUCUGCUUCUUGGCUGCGUCGCGGCUCUGCUGCCGCUGCUGCGUCGUCCCGCGGCCGUCCCGCGACCGCCAACCAACUCCGCAAUGUGUAUCUCGCCGCCCUCGCAUUUAUCGCUGCAUGGCUGCUGGUCGCGUCGCCAGGCGCUGCGGUGCCUGGGGCCGCCUUCCUGCUGCCGAGCGCCAGCGCUGCUGAUCCCGCCAUGUGCACAAACCUCAACGCCCUGCUUGCCGCGUCGCUCGCCCGGCCGGUCGACGGCGUCGUGCAAUUCCCGCUGCUCACAGACGCGUCCUGGCUCGCUGCAGACUCGGGCUGCGCAACCGUCUCGGGCGACUCGCUCUCGUACAACUCUGGCAGCAUUGCCGUUGACGCCAACUCGGUCGCGCUCCAGCUCGGCGGGCUCGCGCUCAGCAACGCGCAGACCGCCGGCUCGGUUGCCGGCGUCACCGUGACCCGCUCCCUGACUGCCAGUGUUGCUGCUGGUGGCGCAUACUCUGCGUCCGCCACGGUCGAGGCUCACCUGCUGCUCUCGAGCACGGCCAAUGCUGUUCCGUUUGAAAAUCUCGCCGUCACGAUUUCGAUUGCCUGCGGUUUGGCUGCCGCUCCUCUGCCCGCGGGUGCCGUCGCGCACACGGAGGUCCCUUGCACGGUAACGCUCACCACCGACGCGCCCACCACGGUCAACAUUCGCGAUGGUAACGCGCGCGACGGCCAGUCGGCUGCCAUCUUUUACCCAAACCCCAACGCCCUCAACCCGCAGCAGGUCGCCUCGCUCUUGCAGGACGCAAACACGCUCCAGAGCCGCUUUGCCAACACGGUGCUGCUCGGUGGUCCCAUUGCCCUGCUUCCGUCCACCCUUGCCGACACAACCAUCCGCUCGGCCUUCAUGGACGCGAACAAGCUUCCCGCGUUGGCGGAGCAGCAGACCGGUGUUGACAUCCAAACGGGCACCCUGCAGCAGGGUAGCACGCAGCUUGCCUUUGGUCUGCUCAUCCAGGCCGAGCACGAGUGCCACGAUGCUGACUGCGUCGCGCAGUCGUCCGUGCUCUGGCCCUGGCUCUCGGCGUUCAUGCGACAGCAGGCGUUCAACCAGCCCGAAACGGACGCUGCCGUCCAGGCCUGCCUGGCCAGCAUUGCCAGCAACGACCAAGACCUCAUUUCGCUCUACUCUCGCACCACCCUCGAUCUGUUUGUCUCGUCGGGUGCCAUCGUGCCUCGCUCCGUCUCCACCUACACGCAGAUUGUGCUCGAGUGCGCCGACGCGCAAAAGCAGGCCAGCGGCACCCUUGUCCUGACCCUCGGCAACGACGCCGUGUUUGAUUCGACCUCUCUGCCGUGGAGCCGCGGUCUGUACUUGCCCAGCAACCCCCAGCAGCCCGAGGACGGUCGCAUUGCUGCCGCCAUGACAAAGUCCCUGUCGACCACCCCGUACGGCACUCUCCGCGGCGCCAUCAGCACCCCUUCGCAGCUGUACACCUUCCUGCCGGGCAACCUCUUUGGCUCGCAAGUUUCGGGUCUGGCUGUCGCCGACUUUGAUCUUUCGGCUGCCAUGCCCAAGAUCACGGCCGCCUUUGCUCAGCUGCAAGCCGCGCUCAACUCGGACUAUCCUGCCCUCAAUGCCGCCGUCGCUGCGCUCAUUUCCAGCUCUGCCCUUGCCGCCCAGCGUACUGCCUACGUUGCCCACGCCCCCCAGCCCACCAUGAACGGCUUUAUGGCGUGGCUUGGUGAGCAUGUUCACGGCCUGUCCUUGAGCGCCAUUCCCGCGACAGACGAUGCUGGCGCGUUCUCGGUUCGCCUGACUGCCGCCGCCUCCCAGGAUCUCGAUGGCUCCCAACUCGCGCUGACCCAGCUCAACGCCGUCCUCGCACACCAGCUCUCCGGCCUUAUCGUUGCCUACGAUAGCUUGGCUGCUUCCCAGCUCGUCCCCAACGCGACCCGCGAGAACUCGGUCGGUCAUCUGUCCGGCCUCUUGUCUGCCACUGCCACCGUCCGCCACGUGCAGUCCGGCUCGCCCGUGGUCACUCUGACCUCGCCGCUUUCGGUCGCCGUCCACCAGACCAUCAACUCAUUCUUUGGCUACAACAACGACGACUUGCUCUACCAGAACGUGACCUUCCAGAUCAGCUUGGCCGCUCCCGCCACCAAGUUCCACGUUGAAGCGCUGGCCGUCAUUCCUGUCGAUGAAAUUGCCAUUUCGUACCUGCGUGUGGCUCUGGAUAGCGACUCCCCGACCGAGCUCCUCGUCGAUGCAGUUUGGGACUCUGCGUUCGUUUCGCUGCUCCAGUCCCAGUGCCAGCAGAUGAGCGCGAGCAUUCAGGAGGAUCCCUCGAUGAACAAGGCCCUGCAACCUCUCAACGUGCCGCUCCAGACAGUCUCCCCGACCGUCAACUGGAAGACUGUUCUCUCCACCCUCUGCAGCAGCAUCAGCACGUUCAACGGCGACUCCAACUUUGAUGCCGCGACACACAUUGUCCAGUCCAUCCAGGCUCUCAGCGUCAACUCGGAUGUCAGCACGUUGGGAGUUCAUCUUGCGAUCGCCACCGUCAGCAGCAGCCCUCAGAUUCGCGUUCGCUUCCACUUGCACGGCCUGUACCAGCAGACUGGUCUUGUUUCGGACUCGAUCUGGGGCUUCAAGACCGCCUUUGAUCGCAUCCAAGUGCCCCUGCUCAUGGCCUCAGAGCUCCAGUUUGUCGUCACCCCGGCCAUCGCCACCAGCGCGACCUUCCUCUUCUGCGGCCAGACCAUUGUUGACUCGUUUGCGCUUCCCGUCGCCUCUGGCAUGUUCUCUGGUUCCAGUGUCGUUGCCGCCUCGACCGCCACCACCACAACGUCCGCUCGCUUUGCCAUUGACAUCAACCUGCCCAACGCUGCGACCAUGGACAUGGAGCUCUAUGUCGCCCCUGGCCUGCUGAGCAACCUGACCGCGCUGCUUGGCAACAACCUUGACAUGACCAGCUCUCCGCUCAUUCACGCCGUGUUUAGCGCCACCAACAUUGGCAUGGACGAUGCCGCUUCCAACUUUUUCGUGGAUGAUGUGGCCUUUGCCAUCGAGCCCGAGCUCGCCAUGGGUCUCUACCUUGACGGCUCGCUCCAAGCGCCUGUCGAGAUGAUGGCUGGUGUCUUUAACGUUCGUUCGACCGCGUUUGUGAUCAACACGACCUUCGCCUCCAUCUCCCAGGAGCAGCAGUACGUGUCCAACGUUGCCCCCUGGGUGGCUUCGUUCGACACGACCGCCCCUCUGGCGAUUCUCCCCACCACCUGCGCCAGCGUCCUUGCCGAAACCCCCGAGCUCACCAUCAACUUUACCCUGAACAAUGGCGGUGCGUUUGUCACGUGUGUCAUUGGCAAUCUCGACGCUGCCCAAAACUUGAACGAUGUCGUGUCGCGCAUGAACGCUGGCCUUGCCUCGUGCAUGCCUUUGAUCGAGCUGCGCGUGGUCGAGUCUGAUCUGGCCGCCCUCGACUGUGGCAUGCUUGCAGUGUACUCUGCCAUGCCUGGCGCCAUCUGGCAGCUGGAGAGCGUCCAGGAGCCUUCGGAUGCCAACCUCACGCUUGCCAUGUACUGGCAGUUGCCGUCUGCGCCCUCUUUUGCGUCAUGGACGGACAUGUCGUGGCUGGUGCGCACCGUGCUCGGCCAGGCUGCCACUCCCACCUUUGUCCUGCCAACCAUCCAGCUCGUCACCGAAGAUGAGCUCGACUUCAUCCCGGAUGAGAUGGAAGAUGUCUUCCCAACCGCCUUCCCCGUGAUGAGCUUCCCCAUUCUCCACCAGUCGAGCGAAUCGCUUUCCGCCCCUCCAGUCAUCAACACGCUCACCACUGGUGACGGCAUGGUCCGCCUUGAUCUCGACGACGACUCUGUUGAGGCAGGCACGACAGUCCAGCUCGUGUACACCACUGACGGCACCUUUGGCGCAGUGUUUGGCGGCCCGCCGCCGACGGGCAGCAUUUUCAUCAACAGCAACCUGACCACCGACCAGUCUGUCAACGACCCCGUCCCGGCCGCGCCCAACAACACGCUCGGUGUCGCCGUGUCGUCGCAGCUGCGCCAGCGCAUGUCGGAUGGCAGUCUGCAAGUGUCGACCGAGACGCUCUCGUUCAACCUCGUCUUGACCCCUGGUGAAUCGACCUUCACUGCUCUGUUCAACGCCAUCGCUUCUGCCGUCACUGGCACCAUCUUUGCCCCCGUGCUGAACGCCACGAUCGCUGCCGGUCGUCCCUCGCUGAACAUUUCCGACCAGCUCUCGAUUGAGCUCGUGCAAGCGAGCAUCACGCCGCCGACGAGUGGCGCGACCGUCGCCUGGCUCUUGCCGCUGUCCAUUCAGAUUACUGCAUCGACGCUGCCGGCCUUCGGCACGACGCGAAUUGCUGUCGCGACGACGCGCUGCGUCUUGGGCAACUUGAACAUCCACACGACUGCUGGUGUUCAGUCUGCCGUCCCGGCAAGCGCUGGCGUCUCUGUCGCACAGGGUUAUGUUGGUGUUGUCGACACGACUGCAAGCAGCCUUGCCGCGCAGUCGCAGUCUGACUUUGAUCUCGUCUUCCCGGGCUUUGCCUCGGCGCAAUUUGUGACUUCGGCCCUGCGUCAAAAGAAUGCCACUUUUACGCAGUACGUUGCCACGUUCGCUGUGGCUACUGCGGCUGACGUUUCGACCCUCUCCUUCUCCACCACCGAGUCGCCCUUCCCCUCAGACGCGUCUCACCUCCUCCGAUUCGGCAUGAAUGUGGCCAAGACGACGCUCUUCAGCGUGCAAGACCUGACAGACCUGCUGUCGAACUUGGCGUUCGAGGUGACCACUCAAGGCCAGGCUGACUUCACCUCGGCCAUGCAAACGCUCGCUGCCACCUCCCCGGUCACGACGCUGUGCAACCUUGUGAACGAGGCCACCACCAUGUUUGAGGACGUGAUUGCCAAGGAUCCUCGCCUGGCCCAGCUGCUGCCCUUCCUCGAAAAGACGCUUGCCAGCUAUGCCGGCGACGCGUUCUUGCAGCAGUUCCAGACGAUUGUCGACAACCUGUGCCAUCGCCAAGCCGGCCUUGCCACUACCCUGGCAACGUACGACUCUGUUUCGGACGCUGCUUUUGCCACCGAUGUUGCUUCGGCUGGCAAGUUGUCCGGAACCGAGCUGCACUUCCAAUUUGACUUGAAGCUGUACCACCACACGUUCAAGACGUCCUUCCGCUUUGAUGCCAACACGCUUCUGAAAAACCCCGGUGCGCCUCUGCCGAUUGGCAUUGGCAGCAGUGGCGACUUUUCCGUGGACGUGAAUGUCGGCGCGCACAUUGACUUUUUCAUUGAUUUCAAGAACUUUGUGCCGUCGCUCCGCAUCGGCCAGGACACCAACCUCACCCUCGCCGUCAACUUGGACAGCACCGCCAUCCUGCGCGCAUGGCUGGGUCCCAUCUCUGUGACGUUUGGCAACGCGAACGUGGCCAUUGGUACUCCACUGUUGCUCACGGUCGCCGUCGAUGGCGUCUCCUUGGUCGGAAAUGCACGCAUGUCGGCUGCUCUGACCGUGCCCUCGCAACCCAUCUGUGCCUUCACUGUCACGAUCGCCGACAUUAGCGCCUUCUUGCAAGAUCCCUCCAACCCGAACGUUGUCUUCCUGCAGGACUGCCCUGAUCAGGCUGUCGGUGCGCUGGAGCUUGCCAUGCUCGACGCUUCUUUCCUGCACCUCCUGCUCGAAUCACGCCACGUUCGCGACCUGAUCAACAUGUUUGUUGGCGGCUUCCUCGCGGAGGACUUGCUCGGCUUCAAUGGUCUCAACACCGACUUGACCCUCCCGGUGAUUGGCACUUCGUUGCAAAAGUUUGUGGUCAAGGAGCUGAUGGAUAUCGCCGGCACCGACUUUAUCAAGGAGUUUACCAUUGCCAUCACCCACUUUACCCAGAACAUUAUCCACGAGAUUGAGCAGGACAUUGAACAGCUCGCGCUCAAGGAGUUUACCGAAAUCAUCUGCCACGCCUGGCGCAACAUUAUGCUUGGCCCGUGCCCCGCGGUGCCCAAGCCGAGCGACAAGCCCAUGACCUGGGACUUCCACCUGGGCCGCGUCUACAGCGAGCCGGUUGUCAACCUGACCUGGGACCUCGGCGCCAACCGCCCCGCCUCGUUCGAGGUCCAGUGCAUGGAGGAGCUCGUGAUGGAGUGGCAGUUCAACUUCCGCAUGACCUUUGACACGCGCCAAGGCCUGCAGUUCUCGCUGCCCUUCACCCCCGUGUUCAAGGCGGACACGACCCUGUCGUUUGAGAAUCCCUGCUCGAUGACGGGCAAGCUGUUUGUUGUCGAGGCCGACUUGCAAAUGACUGGCGGGUUGACUGCACAAGUGUACCUCAACCCUCCGGCGACUGCUGGUGGUCCCUAUGUGGGUGACUUUGGUCUCGAUGCUCAGCUCAAUGCUGCCGCGGUCGUUGGCUUGGCUGGCAUCUUUAGUGGCGAGACUGUGACCUCCUUGCCCAACUGGGAGGUCGACAUGUCCAUUGUUGUCGAUGUGAGCAAGGAGCAUCUUGAUUUCACGCCCAACAUUACCUUCUCGAAUGGCAAGUUCUGCGUGGGCAGCGUCAUUCAGCACAUGCUCGCUGGUGUCGUUCAGGAGGCGCAGCAUGCUCUUGGCCCCGUCAACAAAAUCCUCGGCCCGAGCAGCAUUCUUCGUCGCAAAAUCCCGGCCACCAAGUACCUGUUUGGCCGCGAGCUUGUCGUCAUUGAAAUGCUUGAUGUGCUCGCCCGCUUGUUCUGCCCGCGCGACUGCAUCUUUUCGAACGUCUUUGAGGCCAUUGAGGCCUUUAUGACGAUCGACGACCAGUUGAACGCCUUCCUCAACAUUGUCGAGCAGAUUGACUGCACCUCGCACAUUGACCUCGGCCACUUUAGCGUUGACUUCCAUGCCGACUACCCGGAUCCGUGGUUCUUUUUGCCAAUGCCUGACUUUAACGACAUUAUCUUUGACGAUCCCGAUUCCCACGAACGCGAUUCCGUUGUCAACGCUUGGGCCAGCGUGACCACCCAGGGCCAGUUCCAGGUGACCUGCCCUGCCUGCCACAACCCCGUCAAGUUCCUCAUCAGCGCCAUCCUCGGCAAGAACGAGCCCAUCAUUCUCAUCCAAAUUCCCGAGAUGCUCGUUUCGCUUGGCUUCUCGUACCGCUUCUUUGUCUGGGCCGCCCCGCCGGUUCACGUCAGCGUCGGCAUCUCGGCCUCGCUUACCGUUGCCGUGCCGCCGAUUCAGUUUGACACGUACUGCAUUACUGCCGCUGUCGUCUCGCGCAAGGCUUCCGAGCUCUUCACGCACAUGGAGCUCCAGCUCUACGACGCCAACCACAACCUGCGCUGGCCCCUGCGCGCCUCCGUCACCCUGACUGGCGGUGUCGGCGUGAAUGUCUUCAUCUUCAAGGGUGGCGUGAGUGUUUCCAUCACCCUCGAGGGCAUGAUGCGCUUCCCCGACGUCAACGGCGACGGCCUCAUCACCUUUGACCAGGUUUUCGCCAUGGUCAAGCAGAACGGCCUGAUGGAGAGCACCGUGACCGAGCUCGACUUGAUUGGCGGCUUCAACCUUUACAUUGAGGCCUGCAUCCACUUCCCGUGGGGCCACAAGCAUUGCUGGCAUAUCGUCAACGUCAACCUGCACGACCGUCUCUGGGGCGAGACCAUCAACCCCAAGAAUGUCGGCGCGGUUGCGGACGACUCUGGUGCCAUCUUGCUCAACAACAUCAACCUCGCGGCCACCUCUGGCGCCUACACAAUCAUGCUGUACCAAAUGCCGACGGAAAUCCGCGUCAGCGGUGCCGAUGACGCCGAGCCACGCUCGCUGACUCGCCCGCUCUCGCUGACCACCUCCCUGAUUUCCCUUGCUGGCCAGCUCGACAGCUCAAUCCACCUCACCUUUGACAUUCGCACCAUUGGCUCGCUCAUCCAAUUCCCCUCCACGCCCAGCAGCGUGGUUCGCAUGCACAUGGAUUCGUACGCCGUCGGCUCUGUCGGCCCUGCCAACGCCCCCGGCGGCGGUCUGGCUGUCAGCAUUUCUCCCUCGCGCGUUGUUGCUGGCUCGACGUCUGGUGUCCAGCUCCUUGGCGAGUGCGGAACGUUGGAUAUGCAAGACCCCGUCUCCUUCUCGACCGUGAAUAUUGCCGGUCUUGGCUGCGCCAACACCCUGCUUGCGACUCUCAACACGAACGUGACGAUGGUCGGCACUCCUUCCCAGUAUGCGGUUGGCCCUGUGACCAUUUCUGGCUGGACUCAGACGCUGCAACUGCAGGUGUCGGAGGUCGCGUGGACUCUUGAAGACAACACUGUCACUGGCGCGCAAAACACCCGCGUGAUCUUGGACGCCGAUGCCGAGGUUGGUCUGGUCAAUGUGAUUGCCAGCUCGGCCGACACAACCUUCACCAUCAACAGCGUGCCGCAAGGUCGCUCUGUCGUCUGCAUGGGAGCGGAAGGCAAUGACGUGUUUGUCAUUCCCGACAUUUCCAAGCUCACUGGUGACCUCUCUGUGAACGGCGGUGCCAACAUGGCCAACCGUCUGCACUCGACGCACUACGCCACCCCUGGCCAGCCCUUGAACAUUGUUGCGACGCCAUUCAUGCUGACCCAGACGAACGGCGUUGCGGACGCUGCCGUCAACAUUUCCAUGGCCAUGACGUUGAUCCAAGAGCUCUACUUUGACCUGCACGGCGCCAGCAACGCUGCCGUCACCUACUCGCUCACCGGCAUGAACUUGGGUACCUUUGUCGCGGUCAACUCGAUCGGCACUCUGGGCGCGAGCAUGACAAUCAACAUUAACGACUGCGACGCUGGCUCUGCCGGCCACGUCAACUUGACCAGCGACGGUGACCACACGGUUGUCUUUGGUGUCAACGGCCUGAUCUCUGGCCACUGCACCUUCUACGUGUAUGGUUCCUCGAGCCCCGACUCUGUUUCGACCGUCAUUUUCAACGCUCCCUUGGAUGGUCGCCAGCUCGUUUGGCAGUUCAAGGCCCAGACGGCCACCGUGUACGACCCGAGCAACCCCGCCACCAACGUUUUCCAGAUCAUUUUCGAGUCUGUCGAUCGCAUGCUUGUCAACCUUGGUAACGGCACCACCGAUGUGACUGUCUAUCAAGGCACCUACCCGACCGAGUUGGUGAUUGCCUUCCCCGAAGUGCCCUCCGCUUCCGGCGUCACCUCGUCCUUCACUGUCAUGUCUUCGGCGCAAGUCUCGAUGCUGGUCACCGGCAUCUAUCAGCUGGCCAUUGUCGGCUCUGAGAGCCGCCAGAUGAACACUCCGCCGCUCGACCUCUUCGUCAACCAGUUCUACCUCAUGAACGACAUGUGCAUCUCGCGCACCGACACCAACGGCGUCCCGUAUAACAUUUCCACGCCUCCCACCGCGUGGAUGUGCGACCAGAUGGUGGCUGCUGGCUUUGACGCGAGCGCCUGCUCCCGUCCCUGCCCAGUUCUCUUCCUGAGCGAUCGUGGCAUGGCCUUUGACAUUGUCACUGGCUCUGGCGAAGACUUGUUCAUUGCCGACCAGGUUCAGGUCCCGCACAGCGUCUCGCUGCAGCAGGGUGACGAUCGUCUCGUUGUUAUUUCGCCCACCAUGACUGCCACGCCGACCUCGUACUCGCUCGGCGCCAACGAAGACAGUGCCCUUGUGUACACUUGCGAUCACGACGCUCCUGCCAUGUCCUUGGACUUUGGCGACGACUCGUUUGCGGAUGAGCUCCAGCUCUUCUUGUCUCCCGACCGUAACGCGCACGUCAAUGCCUCCACCGUCGGCCCGCUUGGCCCGAACGCAGCAGUGGAUGUGCUGACUCUGCUCGAGUUGCAUAGCGCCGACCGCAUCAUUGUCAAGCCGUGCGCGCUCUUCCCGUCCUCGUCUGUCGGACACGCUGUCAUCCGUGCUCCUCGCUUGAAGACUACUGCUACUGCUGCUGCUGCUGCUGCUGCUGCUGUGAACGAUCCAACGGUGAUUGAUCUUUCCAUGCCCGUGAUUGGCCAACGUCUCACCGUGUAUGCCACUAGCGAUACAGUCUACAACUUGCAGCAGGCUGCCGAGGGCACCAUCCUCACUUUCAAUGCCAUUGCGCAGCCCACGCUGCCCGCGCCGCUCAACUGGACGCUCAAUGUUGUCGUUCCCCAAUUGUUCCUUUCCAACCAGGUGGACGUGUUUGGCGUUGCGGGUCAGGAUGCUACCUUCACGCUCAACGUCCCCGCCGACAACACUCAGCACAACGUUCAUUUGUACCAGCCGUCGCAACCUUGGCAGGAGCAGUUUGCCACCAUCUCUGUGGAUGGCAUGCGCAUUACGCUCCGCGGCGUGGAUCACACUGCCGUCACAGUCACCGAUCCCGCCCGUGGCUCCAUCUUUGACAUCCAGGGCAACCCGUGCAACGGCGACCUCUUGCUGCAAGCCCCGACCAACGAGACCCAGUACUUCUUCAACGGACCCAUUACGAACGACGUGCUUGUGCUUGGCGGCGGCACGCCCAUGGCUGACUUUAGCCAGCAGCUCCCGAGUGGCUUCAUUCUCGCCUUUGUCGGCGACAAGAUUGACAUUCCGCUCCAGAAUCUGUCGUUUGCCACCCAAGUUUCGCUCGUUCAAGGCUGUCUGCGCACCGCCAACCCCGUCACUCCUCCUGGCCCCACGGCUGUGACUUGGUGGCUCGCCCAAGCCAUGGCGCCCCACGUUGAUCCCGCGGCCGCCAGCGGAUGCGCUGCUUUCUUCUACGACAUCAACACUGCCCGGUUCCAAACCCGUGCCUCUGGCGUCCUCCUCUCUGGCAUUGAGCACACCACCAAGCUGAUCCAGGUCACUGGUGCGCAAACGCUGGAUUUGCUGGCGACCGACGUCCCGUGGACCCAGGCUACGCUGACCUCAAGCUCUCUGCUUGUGGCCGACUACCAGCUGUUGGUUGAUCAGGGCACCCGCGUGGCCGUUACUGCAAAUGACAACAUUUUCCUGCUCAAUGGAACCUCGCAACUGACCUUCAACUGCCCUGUGAUUGCUGCCGUGACGACCUCGUUUGAGUUUGGCCCGACCUCGAACAGCACGCCUGCUCUGACCUGGUCGACGCAAGCUUGUCGUGGCGCCGUCUCGGCAGACGCCCAUGGAAGCUACUUCCCGAGCCUGACGAUCGGCCAGCAGGUCGCUUCCGUUGAGCUCGAGGUCGACCUCGUCUCGCCCACUGGUCAGGCCGUGCACCGCACUGCGUCGAUCGACCACACCCAGAUUGACUUUACCAGCUCUGACGGACGUGGCAUGAAGCUGUCGUGGCCAGCCUCGGCUGCUUCGGCCGUCCGCUAUCACUUGCAGUUUGACGACGGCACCAACGACGUGGCCUUUGCCCAGUCGCUCACCACCGCUGGAGCCUCGCUCCGCUCUGGUGGCUUUGGCUCGAACGCCAAGGGCACGCUCAAGUUUGAUCCCAACUCGGCUAUCACCAUGGGCCCGGGCUCCAGCCGACCCACCUGCGAUGCCACCUACCGCAGCGUCACCCCGCGGUCUGGCAGUGACUCGUUCUGCCUCUGGCCUCGCCAGCACUGCCAAGCUGCUUCGUGGACGGAUGUGGCCGUGUCGGAGAGCUGCGUGUUUGACCAGCUGGAAGACGCAUGCCACUCGGCGGUGAUUGCGACCUGGCGCGCACCCUGGAACAUUCCCUUCGACUGCUUCCCCGACCCUGCCGUCAAGCCUGCCAUUGUUCUGCACGUGCCCGCCAUCGAUGCUGCCAACACGGACGAUUUCAGCAACCUGAAGGCUUGGCGUGGUCUCAGUGUCACCGGCCUGGUGAUUGGUGUCGCGAUUGCCUUGCUGUCCUUUGGUCUGUACGGCGUUGCCAUUCUCGAGCCCAUCUUUGCCUACGCCCUGACCUCGUCGUUCUGGAAGACGGACUCUGACGCGGGCGACUGGUCUCUGACGGCUCGCAAGCUCGUUCAAGUCAUCAACGUGACCAUCUCUGGCUGGACGGCCAACAACGCUCCCGGCACCGUGCUCGAUGCGAUUGUCGCUCUGCUUGCCAUCUUCACCGUGCUUUCGGCCGUGUGCGAGUUUGUUGCCAGCCGCAGCGAUGAGACCGCGCGCAUCACGUCGUGGCUGCGCGUCUGCAAGCGCAUGCUUGUUGCGACCAUGCUCUUUGUGCUGAUUCCCGUCUUUGUCUUUAGUGCGUCUAGCGACCGCAUCGAUUCGGCCGCCGGUGGCUUCUCGAUCUUUUUCUUUGUGGUCGCCUGGAUUUGGAUUGGCGUGUCUGCCUUCCAGUUUGUCCGCCCGCUCAGCAGCCUGAAGACCAACGGUGCUGAGGCGCAGCCCUUCGCUGGUGGCUCGGGCCGCGGCCCACAGGAGCCUGCGACGCGUGCAGAGGUGUUCUUCCGCGUGCUUGUCCCGACGGUCAUGGCCAUUCUCAUCCUGGGCGCCUGUGUGCUGGCUCACCCCGAGUACGAGGUGACUGCUUCCGAGUUUGGCGCCACGAGCAUUGUUCUGCUUGUUUUGUCAAGCCUGUGCUCGGCCAUCAACUGCUGGAUUGUUGCGCGAACGGCGUCCGAUCGCGUUCGUCGCGCGCUGCUUGUCGCUCUCGUGCUUGCCCUGAUCUUUGGCGUGUCCCUUGUCGCCGUUGUGAUGAACAUUGAGAACGUCUCUGGCGGCUCUGUCGUGGCGCUGUGGAUUUUCUGGGCGCUGCUCUGGCCCAUCCUGCUCAUUGUCAUUCUGAGCUACGUGCACUUCAAGUCGGGCGCCACUGGCUAUUCGACCUAUUCAACCGUUGAUCAGCCCACCAUGCACGACAUUGAGAUUGAGCACCGCGGCGGCGCCAACGAUCGCCACUCUGGCAACAAUUAUGGCGAGAUUCCUUCCUCUUCCUCCGACCACGGCUCGGGCAAGGCUGCUGAAGACGACGAUCAUGUCGAAAAUCCCUUCGGUCGCUCAUAA